CCUCAUAUUUGACCGGUUAUAAGUUUUUAAUAGUCACGCCGUCCCGUUUCGGCCUGCAUUCCUUCUCGCUCCCUCGUUUGAUAUUUCAUCGUGCGACCGGGCUCGACGGAACCUGACGGACGGAACAAAACGAAAAAAAAUCAUCGAAUUUUCGGCCGCCAUCUUGCUUUCCGCUCGCCCAAUCAAAGAUCCUCGUCUGUGCUCUGUGGCUCGUCACACUGCGAAAAAAUUUUUUCGUUUCUCGUCCGCGCUUUUUCCGAGGGAAAACUCGUCGCCGUCUGUCCAUUUUCUUUCCUCUAAAACGGGAAAAUUGUGGUCAGAACUGAACAACUCAUUCAUCGCAAAACGCGUUUUAUUUUAAUUCAUCAUAUACCAUCAGGAUAAAAUAUUAUAAAUAACAAACAAUGGCGUUAAAAAGAAUUAAUAAGGAACUUCAGGACUUGGGCAGAGACCCUCCAGCACAGUGCUCAGCCGGACCCGUCGGGGACGAUUUAUUUCACUGGCAAGCAACAAUAAUGGGACCGCCUGACAGUCCGUACCAGGGUGGUGUAUUUUUCCUUACAAUUCAUUUUCCAACAGAUUAUCCAUUCAAACCACCAAAAGUGGCUUUUACAACACGUAUAUACCAUCCCAAUAUAAACAGUAAUGGAUCAAUUUGUCUCGAUAUAUUAAGAUCUCAGUGGUCGCCAGCAUUAACAAUUUCAAAAGUUUUAUUAUCAAUUUGCUCUCUGCUCUGUGAUCCAAAUCCAGAUGAUCCCCUCGUACCAGAGAUUGCAAGAAUAUAUAAAACCGAUCGGGAAAAAUAUAAUGAAUUGGCACGAGAAUGGACAAGGAAGUAUGCUAUGUGAUGCGUUCCAGUUGUACAAUCGAUCCGUCAUGAUGUAAUAAACGCUAUUACACAUUAUACUUAUUAUUCUUACUACAAAUAUUAUUCAAAAACAACAUCAAAACCAACCAACCAAACAACAGAAGCAAACCAGCAAACAUCAAUACAAAUUGCAACAAGAACAGCAACAGCAACUCAGAACAGUAACAUCAAGCAUUGAGAAUGGAACUAUGGCAGUUAGCUAAAAAACAAUUUCAAUAAAUCAGAUAUAGAGGAGAAAAUAAAGAAAAAGAAUGAGAGAGAAAGAGGAAAAUGUGAGAGAAGGAAAAAAUAAAAAUUUAAAAAAUUAAACAUAAUUUAAAAUGCUAUUAAUUAAUAUACGUGAAACAUUAAACAGAAAAACGCAAAUUCAAUUUUCAUCAACCAAACAAAGAUAAAACUGGAAAAAAAUAACUUGGUAACCACAAAUACACAUUACCGCAUUCAAAACUCAUUUCCAUAGACGUCUAUCAGUUGAACGUUUUCAAUAAUAGUUUGUAGCAUCUUCUCAUAUAUGCGCUAGUUACGCAUAUGAGUAGCGUAACACUGUCGACAUCCAAUUCCAAGACUCUCCUUCAAGGGCAUGUGUCGAUUUAGAAAUCGUUUUAGACAAAUUGCUAAGUGAACAUCCUCUAAAAAGAUCCUAGAGUGUGCAUUGAUGUUUUUACUAUUUUUUUUUCUUUUGUGUAAAGCAUGAAAAAUCGAGAGAACCAAUUUAGUUAAUCCGUAAUAGAUGAAAAGCAACUAGAAAUAAAAGUCUUAAACUACUGUCGCGUGAAAGCUCUACCCAAAAAACAGAAAAUUAAUAAGCAGUAACGAAAUAAGAAUCAAAUCAUUAAAUGAGUGCGAGGAAUGCUAAGCAGGAAAUCUUUUUUAUCAUAUAGAAUGUAAAUGAAAUAUACAGCCAAUUUAAGUUAUGCCAGAAUGUCCUUUUUAUUAAUUUUGCGAUCAAUUAGCGUUAUUACAAUGAUUGUUGUGUUUAUUUAAAAUCUUUUUAAAAGAAAUUUUGAAACGAA